AUGAAGCUCAACGUCUCCUACCCGGCCAAUGGGUCGCAGAAGAUCAUCGAGGUCGAUGACGAGCGCAAGCUCCGUCCCUUCAUGGAAAAGCGCAUGGGAACCGAAAUUCCCGGCGACUCCCUCGGUGAUGAAUUCAAGGGUUACGUCUUUAAGAUCACUGGUGGUAACGACAAGCAAGGUUUCCCCAUGAAGCAGGGUGUUCUCCUUCCUACCCGUACCCGCCUGCUCCUCAGCGAUGGCCACAGCUGCUACCGCCCCCGCCGCACCGGUGAGCGCAAGCGCAAGUCCGUCCGUGGUGCCAUCACCAACUUCGACCUUGCCGUCCUGGCCCUCUCCAUCGUCAAGCAGGGUGAGGGUGAGCUUCCCGGUCUGACCGACUCCGUCGUUCCCAAGCGUCUCGGUCCCAAGCGUGCCACCAAGAUCCGCCGCUUCUUCGGUCUCGACAAGAAGGACGACGUCCGCAAGUUCGUCAUCCGCCGUACCGUCACCAAGGAGGGCAAGCCCGAAUACACCAAGGCCCCCAAGAUCCAGCGUCUGGUCACUCCCCAGCGUCUCCAGCACAAGCGCCACCGCAUGGCCCUCAAGCGCCGUCGUGCGGAGUCUUCUCGCGAGGCUGCUAACGAGUACUCCAAGCUCCUUGCCGGACGUGUCCACGAGGAGAAGGCCAAGCGUGAGGAGAUCCGCAAGCGCCGGGCGUCUUCGAUGAGGAAGUAA